AUGGAUCUGGUUAUUAUUGUUUCCGGUAACUGGAUUAAGAAAAACAAAUAUGUAUUCAAAGCUGAUAGUAGAGGGUGUAGAGUUCUCCAUUUAGAUGAGAACUCUACACAUGAAGCUUUCGCAAAGUAUGUUCUCGAUGAUUACGGAUUGAAUGAAAUGAAUGAUCAUAUUCAGCUAAGCUACAUGUUCUCGAAUAAAUCAUUGAAAACAAUGGCGCACGACACUCCACCAGUGUAUGUGUCCAAUACUCGGCAGUUGCAAGGUUUUGUAGCCCUAAAGAAAAUCGAACAACUACGUCUUUGUGUUGAGAUUACGGAGAACAAGGACGACAGAGCAAGAGAGAAGACUAAAACAAACUUCAGUUUUAGCUCAGAAGUAGAAGCGUCAGAAGUUGAGUCCAGAGACGAUAAUUACAGUGGGAGUUACGAUGGUUGCAGUUCGGAGAAGGAAGAAGAGGACAAUGAGAUUGAUUGCUCUAGUAUUGUGGAAGGAGAAAAUCAGAACGUAGGCGGAGAAGAUGAAACAGGCCAAGAAAAGGAAGAAGACGAUGAAUUUGAUAGCCGAUUUGAUAUGUUCGACGACUCGGACGGUGCGUCAUCUGAAGAUGAUAACUUCAGCUCAUACGGUGAGUCUCCUUUAGAAGACGAAGAGUCACCAACGAUACCUCCCAAGAAGAUAUAUCAGAACUUCUCGAUGAGCGGGUCUAAAGAGAGUGAGGAGGUUCUUCUAAGGUUGGAGAUGUCGUCGUUAAAUCUUGCGGUAGGGCAACGAUACGAGAGUAAAGCCGAUUUGGAGAGACGACUGAAACUUCUUACAGUUCGUGCUUCUACCAAAGGGGAAUCCCCGGCGUUCUAUGUUUGUAUUUACGAAUCGAAUCAUACAUGUUCUACAACUGAGCGUUCUAAUCGAUGUCGAAAUGCAACACCAGAUAUUUUAGGAGAGUUGUACAAGAACUUUCUCGGCGACGUUGGUCCGGCCGUUCGCCCUACGAGUGUUGGAAUAGCUAUCACUAAGCAGUUUGGUGUAAAGAUGGAAUAUUGGAAAUCUUACCGGACGCUGAAAUUUGCAAGGGAAAUCGUUCAGGGAACACCUGAGAGUGGGUUUGAACGCUUGCCUUCUUACUUAUACAUGAUAAUAAGGGAAAAUCCGAGUACAUUUGCGCGUCUUCAAAUCGAUGAGAAUGGAAAAUUCAUGUAUGUGUUUCUUGCGUUUGGUGCGAGCGUAAAUGGGUUUCCUUUCAUGCGCAAAGUUUUUGUUUUCGACGGUACGUUUCUUAAUGGUAGAUACAAAGGGACGCUUCUCACAGCACUAGCUCAGGAUGGUAACUUUCAGAUUUUUCCAAUAGCCUUCGCAGUGGUUGACACUGAAAAUGAUGAUUCCUGGCAUUGGUUUUUUACGCAACUAAAACUUUUGAUUCCUGACGACGAGGGUCUUGCGAUAAUCUCGGAUAGGCGUAACUCGAUUGGGAAAGCAAUUACAAAUGUGUAUCCGCUUGCUUCUCGUGGAAUUUGCACGUACCAUCUAUAUAAGAAUAUACUGGGACGGUACAAAGGAAAAGAUGCAUUUCGUCUAGUGAAGAAAGCGGCGAGAUGUUUUAGGAUGUCUGACUUUACUCAGAUUUUCGAGGAGAUUGAAGCGAUUAAUCCAGUACUCCACGGCUACCUCCAAAGGGCUGAUGUCCGACUGUGGACGCGUGUUCAUUUCCCGGGCGAGAGGUACAAUUUGAUGACUACGAACAUAGCGAAAUCAAUGAACAGAGCAUUGUCGAAUGCUAGAGGUCUUAGCAUUGUUCGGAUAUUUGAAUCGAUACGGGUUAUGAUGACCAGAUGGUUUGCUGAACGAAGAGAGGAUGCCAUAUCGCAGCGAACCACGCUUACUCGUGGUGGUCGUGUAACUGCCGCCAGAGAUUUGGCGGUACAGAGGAUUGAUGAUCAUCACACUGAAGUUAAAUAUGGAUCUUCCGGCGAGUCUUUGCAUGUUGUUAAUUUGGUAGAGCGAAAGUGCACAUGUCGCCGUUUCGAACUCGAGAAAUUACCAUGUGUACACGCAAUCGCAGCGGCGGAGUACAGGAAUGUUUCUCGUAUAUCCAUGUGCAGUCCUUACUAUACCAGCAAUUAUUUGGUUAGCGCAUACGCUGAAUCGGUCAUGCCGGUUGAUUCAGCGCAACCUGUUCCAGAACUCGUGGCUAACCAACGCUUCUUGCCCCCGACUGUACGUCAACCACCAGGCAGACCGAAGAAAAAUAGGAUGAAAUCUGCUUUAGAAAUUGCACUAUCAAACAAACGUCCUAGGAAAGAGCACACAUGUUCUCGAUGUAGACAGAGUGGUCAUAAUGCGAAAACUUGUCCGAUGUAA